AAAACAAAUGGAUCUACCGUCCCUUAUCACUUACUUAUCACACUCACACCACGCUACACCACACGCGGAGAUGCAUUCUGAAAAAAUUUUUUGGAUGAAAAUAAAAGAAAACUCGUUUAUGUCGAAGUGAGUUUUCGACCGUUUCAUGAAAGCUUGACUUAUGAUAUUAUAAAUUGUGCGUUUGAAAUUAGAGAUGUCGCGAUAUUUCGAAGUAAAUGUGGACGAACUAUAUAAGAAUAAUACUGAGAAAGCUCCAGGGGUCGCUGAUGAAUCUUUAUCUACUAAAAAACUGAGGAUAAAAAAGCGUCGACAACUUCGGUUACAAAAACAACAGUUGAGAAAAUCAACAAACAAUGCGAAGAUCCCGAAGAAAAAUGUUGGAAAAGAAAAAGAAACAUUGGUGGAUGAAAAAAGGAUUCAAUAUUAUAGCCGAGGAGAAGGUUUGCAUGAUGCCAAUAACGUAAAAACAAAUUUUUUCAAAAAAAAGUUGAUCGCCAAGGAGAAGAAAAUAGAUUGGGCUACAGAACAAUCCGCGAGAGCUGAAUUAUUGCUCACAGAAGAGGCUGGUUUUUUAGUUCCUGACGAUGGGGAAAGGACUUCGGGUAUCAAACAGUCUCAAAUCGCCAACUCUGUAGAUAUAACUAGUGCUGCAAAACAUUUCAAUUUGAAUUUGAAUUUUGGGUCGUAUAGAACAAACUUCACUCGAAAUGGAAGACAUUUAUUGAUUGGUGGACGCAAAGGUCAUAUUGCCUGCUUCGAUUGGGUUACCAAAUUUCUAAAUUGUGAAAUGAAUGUUAUGGAAGAAGUUUUCGAUGUACAAUGGUUACACGUCGAAACGUUAUUUGCUGUUGCUCAGAAGAAAUGGCUCUAUAUUUAUGAUAAUAAAGGAGUUGAAAUACAUUGUGUCAAAGGAAUCAACAAACCUCUACGAUUAGAAUUUUUACCGUAUCAUUUCCUUUUGACUACUGGAAGUGAAGAAGGAUAUCUUACUUGGGUCGAUGUGUCCCUUGGAACAAUUGUUUCUCAAUUUAACGCAAAAUUAGGCCGUUUAUCUGUGAUGACUCAUAAUCCUUAUAAUGCCGUAAUUUGUACCGGACAUAACAAAGGUAUAGUUAGUAUGUGGGCUCCAAAUUCUAAAGAACCCAUCGCUAAAAUGCUGUGUCAUAGAACUGCUGUUUCUGGAAUUGCUGUUGACAACCGUGGAUUAUUCUUGGCUACGAGCGGAGUUGAUCAUACUAUGAAUAUUUGGGAUUUAAGGAAUUUAAACGGACCUCUUCAAAAAUAUCACCUUCAUUCCGCAGCUACAAAUUUAGCUUUCAGUCAGAAAUCAUUUCUUGCUGUAUCGGUAGGCAAUGUGGUUGAGAUUUAUAACGAUUGUUAUACGACAGCUGCGAAAUAUCCGUAUUUAAGACAUAGACUUUUCCGUUCUGUUGAGGAUAUUCAGUUUUGCCCAUAUGAAGACGUGCUUGGUAUUGGUCAUCAAGAAGGCUACACCAGUGUACUUGUUCCCGGUAGCGGUGAGCCAAAUAUUGAUGCUUUGGAAGCGAAUCCAUUCCAAACUAAAAAACAACGACAAGAAGCUGAAGUUAAAGCUCUGUUGGAGAAGAUCCAACCGGAAAUGAUUACUUUGGACCCCUUUGAUAUUGUUGAAGUUCAUGUACCCACCUUAAAAGAGAAAAUUGAUGCAAGAAAUAGAUUGAUUCAUUUGAAACCGGCUAAAGUAGAUCUUAUCCCUCGAAGAAAGAAACGCAAGAUAAAUGCAUCCAAAGUCAAAGAGAUUAUUCGGGAAAAUAAUAAAAAGGAAUUCGUGAAAAUGAAGAGUGUUGCCUUAUCUCAACAUUUUUCAGAGCUGAAUAAACAUGAAAAUGUCGAAGAAAUUGUUAAAGAUAAAAGCAAUGAAACGAUUGAUGUGCUUGAUCGAUUUAAAACAAAAACGAAAUGAUGUUCAUUUUAUCAAUAAGAUGUUAUGUAUUUCCA